AACGGGAACACCCAGGCCUCCAAGAUCUGGUCGAAAAUCUCGUUCCGAGAAGGGACUGACGGCCAAGCAAGAAAAGUAGGGCUUACUAGCAGGAUAUGGGCAGACUGUGUGCCGCACUGGACUGUUGUGGCGGCCAAUAUCGGUUGUUACCAACUGAGACACAUGCAGUGGCACAAUGGUGGCUUGCGGAAAGGAGGGGCGAGACUCGUCGGCCAAAGAGCGCGAGCAAGAAUGGAGUUGUUAAAUGCCCAUCUCCCUCUCGCGUCAUUUGAACCGUCUGCGGUUCUUCUCCCAGAGCCUGGCACAUCACUUUAUAAUCAGCACACUCAGAAUUAAGUCAGGGGGGUCAGCUCGAGUCUCGCAUCAAAGCCAUGGCAUCCUCUUCCAAAGACACCGAGCAGAUGUUGAGCUCGCAAGAGCACUCCGCAGUUGGCGACUCGGGUUUGCCUGCUUACCCCGCGGCGCCAUCUUACCUCUCGAUUGACACUGGCGUUUCGUACCACCAUGACCAGGUAACCAGCGCUGGCGCGUCGUACUGCGCGCGCACAAUGUCGUACACUAGCAACACCUCGACUAGCGCUCCGCACGCCAUGUCGCCGGACUGCAUGUCUCCGUCCUUGAUGUCCCCGUUCUCGUACUCCAUGUCCCCCAUGUCCCCGUACAACACAAACCACACUGGCUAUUUCCCCCUUGGCGCUUCGCAGUACGGCCCAAUCAGCCCUGUGACGUAUGGCCAGGCGGGGGUUUCCCAACAGUGCUACACGUCCUCGUCGUCCUUGUCCGGCGACAGCAACCCGUUUGCGCCAUCUCUGCUGGGGCACGCCAAUGCAACCAGCUUUAGAGUAGGCCAGCCCAGCAGCAACACGGCAACCAAAUGGAAAGCCACAGCUGCGAACGGCAAGCAGUUCGAGGCUUAUGCUGCUGGUCAUAGUGGUGCUGGUACUGCCGAAGCCAGCAGCAGUGCGGAUACCGGCACGGGAGACACCAAGUUCACCUGUCUUGUGUCUGGAUGCAGGCAAAAGGCGUACAGCCAGAUCUACGACCUUGACUACCACUACAAGCUUGUGCACUGCCGCGCCAGCAACGUGGAGAGCCGCGCCAGCAAUGUGGACAGCCGCGCCAGCAACGUGGAGGCCGCAAAGCCAGAGAUGACGGAGGCGACGAAGGUGGAAGCGAAGGAGAAAGCUCCGCAGGAGAUGAAGAUUAAGCAGGAGCCACUCGAGGAUCAGCACCGCCCACCACGGAAGCAGCAGCAGCCCCAUCCACAGCAGAAGAAGAAGGCCAAGUACGUCUGCGACUACCCGCGGUGCUUCCGGCGCGGCAGCAGCAGCAGCGAGGGCAGUCGCGCACCGCUCUCGUUCCAGUACGCCAGCCAGCUGCGCGAGCACCUGAUCGACGUCCACGGCGAGGACAUGGUCGCGCCGCGUUCGCACCUCAGGAAGCCCAGCAUGCCUCGCGAGGCAGACCACGCGCCGCGCCGCGGCUCCGACGAGUGGUGGAGCAGCCGCGCGAUUGACACGACGUGGUGGCGCUGUAGCUCGUGCGUCGGCCCGCGGGUCGAGAUUGGCAGGGAGGGCUUUGUGUGCACCACCUGCGGCAAGCAGUGCGAGGUGCCGCGGAGACAACUCCGCAGCGGUGGCGGCGUUGUUGGCGGCAACGGCAAUCGUGGCGGCAGCGAUGGCGCCGCUGGCGGUGCCAAUGGUGGUGCCAAUGCCGGUACUGUGAAUGGUGGUGGUCCAAAGCGGCCUCGCCGUUCGCGGCCGUCAAGGUCCAAAUCUGCUGCCGAAAAGACGGAGACCAUUCUCAGAAAGGCUGCUGAGGCAAAUGCGAGGAUUGCGGCUGUGAAGGCUGCGAAGGCUGCGAAGGCCGCCGAGGACAUCAAGGUGGAGCAUGACUAACUCUGGAAGGCACGUUCAUGCCUUCAAAUUCAAGUGGGGUGGCACUUGCCCGAGGUGCGUUCCAAGUGUGGGACCACGGAGCAGCCUCCUUAGAAAGCCAGCCUCAAGACAUGGGACAAAAUGGCAAGAGGGUGGAGCGGACCAGUGUGUGUUUUUUUGGAUGAUUGACGAUUUAUGACUGACGAACAGAAUUUGCUACUCUGGAGGAGUGGCAUGGCUAGUACUGGCUUACAAAAGAACCAGAUAGAUGACA